CCAGAGCUCGGGGAGAGAGUGUAGCUCCGUCAUCCGCCUCACAGAGAGAGUCAUAGGGGGAGGGAGGCAGAGGGAGGAGUGUAAGCCGGUGACGGAGCGAAUGAGAGACGGGGAGAGUUGGAGCGGCACAACAAUAGCGGGCUGCUCUUCAGGCUGUGGACACUUUAGACACAGAGAGCGUUCAGAGGAGCACACAGCCGCCCUGUGAAACCAGCUGCAGGCGGAUCACAGCUGGCGUUUACAUACAGGUUACUCAUUUGGGUUUUUUUUUCCCCCUCGCUCUCUCAGAGGCAAAUCAUCCUCACAAGACCACAAAAUUGCCAUGUACUGACGCAGGAGCAUUCUAGGAAUUUUUGUGGUCCUGGCAUUUUUGGUCAUAUGUUGACUUGAAGAGUGUGUCCACAGACCAUUUUGGACUAUUUCUCUUUUUGAUUGCCUUAGAAAGUCACUCUGUGGACCUUGGACAAACGAUUUAACCAGAGGAGAGUUUUCUGGACUUGUGAUUUUUAGUCUUCUAUUUGUUUCUGCGGUGUAUAUCUUUUUUAUUGUGGCGAAGACUCUUUUGGUCUCCGAAGGAAGGGGACACCGGAACAUUUCUGUCGGUGUGUGCCAUUGAGACAGAGUUUGUAGUGGGGGGGUGAUGCCUUUGGAUGUGGUGAUCGCCCCAGCAGAGGACUGCUUUUGGCCGGACCUGCAGGAGUCAGACAUGAGGCUGAAGAUCAGGGUCCGCCGGAUGAAGCAGGGGAGAGAGCUUCGAGGAGGUUUUGCAGCUUUUUCCUCCUGUUUCCCCGGCCUGUGCGAGGGGAAGCCUGCCACUACACUCCCAAUGAGCUUGUCCCAGCCCUGCUUGCCUGUGGCAAAUGUAGGACCCACUCGCAUCCUGCCACACCUCUACCUGGGAUCACAGAAAGACGUUCUCAACAAGGACCUGAUGGCUCAGAACGGUAUCACUUAUGUACUGAACGCCAGCAACACCUGUCCCAAACCAGAUUUCAUCAGCGAGAGCCAUUUCAUGCGCAUCCCAGUCAAUGACAACUACUGCGAGAAACUGCUGCCCUGGCUGGACAAAACGAACGAGUUUAUAGACAAAGCUAAGGUGUCCAACUGCAGAGUGAUUGUGCACUGCCUCGCUGGGAUCUCACGGUCAGCCACCAUCGCCAUCGCAUACAUCAUGAAGACGAUGGGCUUGUCAUCAGAUGAUGCCUACAGGUUCGUAAAGGACAGGAGGCCGUCCAUAUCCCCAAACUUUAACUUCCUGGGUCAGCUGCUGGAGUUUGAGAAGGGCCUGCGGUUACUACAAGCUUUGACCACCGAUGAUAAGAAGUCUGAAAACAACUCCAAACAAGGCUCUGAGGUCAACGGGGUCUCUACUGGAUUUGAGAUCAACGGACACCACACCGGCUGUGACUCGUCUGCGGCGGAUUCUCACACCCAGACUGAACCCAAGUUGCCAUCUCCCACCUCCCUCCAGCAGGGCUUUAACGGCCUGCGCCUCUCGGCAGAGAGGAUCAUGGACACCAACCGGCUCAAGCGCUCCUUCUCUCUGGACAUUAAGUCUGUCUACUCUCCUAACAGUCCGCAUUGCCCCAACAUGGCGCCCACUCACUCUGAAGACAUCCCCAAACUGUGCAAACUUGACAGCCCGGGAACAGGCACCUCCAACGGCGUCUGCUCCCAGUCGCCCGUCCUGGACAGCCACGGCUCAUUCGACUCUCCGUUCCCCUCGCCGAGCAGCGGGGGCAGCAUCGGGGGCUUGGGUGGAAGCGAAGGAGUCCAUCGGUCUGGUACCUCCUCGUCCAGAUCCAGACGAAAAACCAAGCACAGCUGCGGCACUUCUCCGGUCCACUCCCAUCCGCAUCAUCCUCCACAGACCCUCAGCUUGACCCUGGACCACAAGAGCCCCAGCUUGGAGGAAAACCUCAGGGGCUCCCCGCUCCUCUCGCUGCCCUCCCUGCCCACUCUGGGAUCCGGGGCUAUGUGGACCAAACACAGAGACUCUGUCCAGGCUACAACUCCGGUCACUCCGGUCACCCCAACCACAGAUGCUCCCUGGCAUUUCGGAGCAGAGGAAGGCGGCGAGGGAGAAAUGGACGUGGGAGGAGAAGAGCGAAGGGGAGAGGAGUCGUCGGUGCGGUUUGGUAGCAGCUCGGCGUACGUGGCGUUCGGAUGCAGCGAAGGCCCGAGGUUACGAGACAAAUCCACGAGGGAGAAGCCCUUGCUUUCUCAGACACAGAGAGACCACUGGGAUUCCACGUCCAACGGCUCGAGCAACAGCGUCCCUGCGUCCGAGCAGUUCAAGCGGCGCAGCUGCCAGAUGGAGUUCGAGGAGGGCAUUUCCGAGACGAGGUCCAGGGAAGAACUGGGGAAAAUUGGGAAGCAGUCGAGCUUCUCUGGAAGCAUGGAGAUCAUCGAAGUGUCCUGACAGAUAAUGGACCUGAUCCAAGCUGUCCCGUGGGGGCAAAAAUGGACCUGUUGUUUAACGAGAACGCGCGGAGAGGAAAAGUGAGGUGGAGCAAGACGAAGGUGGUUGUUGUUCUUUUGUGCUCCCCUCCAAAGACAGUGUUAAAAGACUCCAACUGAGGGAAGGACAGACACAAGCUGAGAGUUAAUGUGAACAGUUUGCAAACCUGGACUGACAGAGCCUCAGCUGCGGUGUUUAGGUAGCCAUACUCAUCCCGAACUCUUAAAAUUUUGAGGAAAAAGCCUGGGGGAAGGGGAGAUAAAGGUGUGACUGUUGGUACUGCAACUUUUUAUUUAUGUCAACUCCGUCACAGGUUAACCGAUGCCACCCCAAGCACACAUUGCAUCCUGAUGAUAUAGAAUUUUCCUCCUGUUCAGACUCAUACUGUUUUGCCUGUGGUUAAAUGUAGUGUGUGCUUCAGUGGGUGUAUAGCUUGUGAUUUGAUCCGAGCCCCAAGUUUCGUCCCAAAGCUCCAUCCCUGUGUCAGAGAACCUCAGAACCAUGCACGGCUACAUCCGCCCCAACCCCAAACUUCUCCCUGUGGCUUGGCCCGCCCCAAAUGCUGCAAAAGACCACCACCACCACCAACAACAACAACAACAACAACAACUGUAGUGGACUAGUUAAUAGUACUGUCUCCUCCUGUUAUCACAGCACAAAGCAGAGAGGUCCGACGGACUUAACACAAAGACGGUACUGCAGUGAAAUCACGAAGGAUCCUCUGCGUUUUGUUGAGGAAAAGGCUCGUAACGAUGGACGGUGUGUCUCUCCUAAGCACAGUGCAUCUUUCCUGACUUUGGCUUCCUUUGUUUCAAAUGUUAACAGCAUGAAAAGACUGAGGAUUCAGGAUCCCCCCCCCCUCCCCCACCUCCUCCUCCAGGUCCUUUCCCACUGAACCUAGCCACCAUCUAUGGCCACAAGAGAGCAUGCACCUGAAAGGCUGACUACAGACAGACAAAUACUAUAUAUAUACAAUAUGAAUAUAUAUAGCAAUUCUAAUGAACUUCUGUUCAGUUAUAGUUUUAAUUUAUUGUAUUGCUUCAUUCUGGUAAUGAG